AUGUCCAACAACGACACCCAGAACGACUCCCCUCCGCAAGCAGACAUGCCUCGAGCCCGUCGAGCCUCGGUCACCUCGGCCGCCUUUACCAACCUCUUCCAGAGGAGCAAUUCCACCUCGCAAGGCACCAACGUCUUUCCCGGCCCCAUCACUACCGCUGCCAUGAACGACCAGCGACGCCGCCUCUCCAUCUCCACCCUCGGCCUCUCUGGCACCUCGCCCACCACCAUUCCCGUCUCCGCCGGCAUGCGACGCGGCAGCAUCUCCACCAACUCGGACUCCAUCGACGAGAAUGCCAUUGAGGAGGACGAUGCGGCCCCCAACACGCGCACCGCACCCACCACCCCCUUUGCCCGCCGCAUGAGCUUUGGAGCCCAGGCCAUGCGCACCAUGCGCACCGGCGGCGCUACGAGCCCCGGCUCCGGUAAUGGUAGGCCCUCCGCCAGCAACAACCCUCCUCCACCGGCCCAGGCAGCGCGGCGAGCGAGCAGUGUCCGUGGCGCACUGCCCACGCCACCCGGCAGUGCCGCUUCGUCUGCGUCCGCGUCGUGGCGGUCGCAGGCAGCCGCUGCCGCCGCCGCCGCCUCUCAGGCAAGCCCUGCAAACACUUCCAGAUCUGCUUCUGACAAGUUCUCCCCUGCUCGAACAGAUCAAGGCUUCAACUGGUCCGAGCAGCUUAGAUCCCGUGCCGAGAGCAGCGUGACCGGCUCACGCCCCUCCUUCUCCUUUGCCUCCGGGCUCAACAACUCGCCUCCUCGUCCCGGCGCUGGAGGGCUGUCGGCUCACCAUCACGACCGCGCCAAGUCUGUCUCCGACAUGCCCGCCCCUCCGGCCCAGGCCGCCGCCAUGAAGCCCCGCCAAGACCCUCGCCCCAAGCCCGACCACUUCCAAGAGCGGAUUCUCAAGGGCGACUUUUACAUGGACUGA